AUGGGUAUCUGCAUAUCAGUUGCAGAAGAAGAUGAUGAUAAGAAUGUGACAGUAUUUGAAGGAAAGAAGAAGGUCCAAAAUGAAAGUCGAAGACUUUUCUCUGUUUACUCCAAACCGGGUUGCAAAGGACUCAACCAGGAUGCUGCCUCUGUUUACCAGGGUUAUGGAAUCGAAGAUGGAACAUUUUGUGGUGUUUUUGAUGGGCAUGGAGGGAAUGGACACAGAGUGAGCAAAAUAAUAAGCAGAGGAUUACCUUCCCUCAUACUGGACCAAAAGAAUGUUCUUGAAAAGAUUGAUGCCAUAGAAAAUGGUUAUCACAACAGCACCCCAAAAAACCAUGUUGACACAAUGAAAGAGGACUCAGCUGCAAACAAAUUUCAGAAAUGGAGAGAAGCAAUUGUUAGUGCUUUCAAAGUGAUGGAGAAAGAUGUCAAGCUUCAUUACAAUCUAGAUUGCUCUACCAGUGGAACCACUGCUGUAGUUAUCAUAAAACAGGGUGAAGGUCUGAUCAUAGCUAAUUUGGGUGACUCAAGAGCAGUGAUGGGAACAAUCUCUGAUGAAAAACUCGUAGCCACUCAAUUGACUACAGAUUUGAAGCCUGAGUUACCUCGAGAAGCAGAAAGAAUAAGAAGGUGCAAUGGUUGUGUGUAUGCAUCGAAGGAAGAACCAGAAAUCCAGAGAGUGUGGAUGCCCAACAAUGGUAGCUCCCCUGGCCUAGCCAUGUCUCGAUCUUUUGGAGAUUUCUUGCUCAAGGAUUAUGGUGUCAUUGCCAUCCCAGAAAUUUCUUAUCACCCUCUAACAUCAAGUGACCAAUUUAUUGUUCUUGCUACUGAUGGGGUGUGGGAUGUACUAAGCAACAAUGAGGUUGCAUCAAUUGUGUGGAGUGCAGAGAGUGAAGAGGUUGCAGCUAGGGCAGUAGUGGAAGCAGCCACUGCUGCAUGGAAAGACAAGUUUCCUUCAUACAUGGCAGAUGACUGCACUGUGAAUGAGAAAGAGUUGCCUCAGUAG